GAGCGCAAGAGUCCAAACGAAAGCGAACCCGUGACACUGGUUGACUGACCAAAGUAGCCUGUCGGCACAGCGUACUCCCCGGCUCCUCCCGCUCCACACGAACACGACGCACUCUGCAGCCAUGGCGCCCGUGGAGAGGCCAUCACCGGACGAGUCCGCGGAAGCGAGGGGCUACUGGCGGUGGCGCAAGGACGACUUCUUCCCGGAGCCGUCGUUCGCGAGCUGGGCCGCCUACCGUGCGGCGCUGGGGGCGACCCCGGCGCGCCUCCGCGACCGCUUCGCCGGCCGUUCCACCGACGCCGCCGAGCUCGGCGCGCUGCGCCGGCGCAGCGAGAACGAGAUGCGCCGCUGCCUCACCUGGUGGGACCUCACCUGGUUCGGCUUCGGCUCCGUCAUUGGCGCCGGCAUCUUCGUGCUCACCGGCCAGGAGGCGCGCGACCACGCCGGCUCUGCCAUCGUGCUCUCCUACGUCGCUUCCGGCCUCUCCGCCAUGCUCUCCGUCUUCUGCUACACCGAGUUCGCCGUCGAGAUCCCCGUGGCCGGCGGCUCCUUCGCCUACAUCCGCGUCGAGCUCGGCGACGUCGCGGCCUUCGUCGCCGCCGCGAACCUCAUCCUCGAGAGCAUCAUCGGCAAGGCGGCCGUCGCGCGCGCCUGGACGUCGUACCUGGCGUCGCUCAUCAACAAGCCGGCGAGCGCGCUGCGGAUCCACACGUCCCUCGCGGAGGGGUACAACGAGCUGGACCCCAUCGCGGUGGCCGUGAUCGCGGUCACCGCGGCCCUGGCCAUGCUCAGCUCCAAGGGCACCUCCCGCGUCAACUGGGUCGCGUCCGCCGUCCACGUGCUCGUCAUCGCGUUCGUCAUCGUCGCCGGGUUCGUCCACGCGAAGCCGAGCAACCUGACCCCGUUCCUGCCGUACGGCGUGCCGGGCGUGUUCCGGGCGGCGGCGAUCGUGUACUUCGCGUACGGCGGGUUCGACAACAUCGCCACCAUGGCGGAGGAGACCAGGAACCCGUCCCGGGACAUCCCGCUGGGCCUGCUGGGCUCCAUGUCCGCGAUCACGACCAUCUACUGCGUGAUGGCGCUGGCACUGAGCAUGAUGCAGCCGUACACGGCGAUCGACCGGAGCGCGGCGUACUCGGCCGCGUUCGGCAGCGUGGGGAUGCGCUGGGCGCAGUACGUGGUGGCGCUGGGCGCGCUCAAGGGGAUGACCACCGUCCUCCUCGUGGGGGUGCUGGGGAAGGCGCGGUACACGACGCACAUCGCGCGGAGCCACAUCAUCCCGCCCGUGUUCGCGCUCGUGCACCCCAGGACCGGCACCCCCGUGCACGCCACCGCGCUCGUCGCCGCCGCCAGCGCCGGCGUCGCCUUCUUUUCCAGCCUCAAGGUGCUCUCCAGCCUGCUCUCCGCCAGCACGCUCUUCAUCUUCGUGAUGAUGGCCACCGCGCUCCUGGUGCGGAGGUACUACGUGCGCGGCGUGACGACCCGGACGCACGCGCUGCGGCUCGCGGCGUCGCUGCUGCUCAUCAUCGGCUCGUCGGUCGGCAUCGCGGUGUGCUGGGGCACGUCGUCUCCCGGGAGGUGGCAGGGCUACGUCGUGCUGGUGCCGGCGUGGGCGGCCGGCACGCUCGGCAUCCAGCUUCUGGUGCCGAUGGCUCGGACGCCCAAGGUGUGGGGCGUGCCGCUGGUUCCGUGGCUGCCGUCCCUCUCCAUCGCUACGAACGUCUUCCUCAUGGGCUCGCUAGGCAAGGAAGCCUUCGUCCGCUUCGGCAUCUGCACCGCCGUCAUGCUGGUCUACUACGUGCUCGUCGGCCUGCACGCCACCUACGACGUCGCGCAUGGCGCGUGCGCCGGGGAGGAGGACGAUAUGGUGGCCGCAGCAGAUGUGCACAAGGCUGGUGCACGAAGUGAGAAUAUAAAUAUGCUAUGAAUAAGGAUGAUGUGUAUCUUUUUUUCGGAGUAACAAAGGUUGUAUCAAAUUAUAUAUAAGCAUAGUACAAAAAUGGGAAUGAACAGUUCCCACCGGAAAAUCAA